AUGAAAACUCCUGGAACUCCAGUUACUCCUGAAUUUGCAUUGGUGAAUGCCCUGACUCAAUUUCCAAUCGGAUCUGUUUUCGGUGAUUCGGAAUUUUCUUCAACUCCAGAUAUACAAACCCAUAUGGUCCCUAGAGGAUUGAUACAUAUGAGUACUGUUAAACCUGUACAUAACCUUCCCAUUCCUUCUGAAUUGCGUCAUGCUGAUUCCACAAACACUCCAACUGUCGAUACCAUGGUUACCUCAAUUUACGAUCAUGUCAAAAGAACAAACCCUGAAGAAUAUUCCAAUGAGGAUAAGAACACGAAAACGCUGACACCGAGGACUAUUGACGAGAGCUACAGAAAGUUUGUCAUACCAUUGAGUACGGAUGCAGCAAAACGAAAAGAUUAUUUGAGUGCUCAAGGAAAUGUACGAAUCGGGAAAAUUCUUGAGGAUUUGGAUCAUAUGGCAGUCCACGUGGCGUAUGUUCAUAACUCAGAAUCGGGAAGUUUAGAAGGUCCGAUGUCUCUUCCACGGACCAUUGUAACAGCCUCAGUCCAUAGAAUUGAUUUUCACAAAGAAGAUAUCAAAUCGAAUACUGAUAUUAUCAUUGAUGGACAAGUCACGUUUGCUGGUACCAGCAGCAUGCAGAUCUCAAUUCGUCUUUUCCAGAAUGACGAGAAGAAUAAUUUGACGCUGAUGUUGAAGGCUCAAUUCUUCAUGGUAUCUCGUGAUCCAUUAGACGGAUCUAGGAAAGUAAGAAUUCAUCCACUGAUUGUUACAACUCCGGAUCAAGCUGAGAUUUUUAACCUAACAAAAGCAAGGAUAAGGUAUCUUGGGAAUACGGAAGAAAUGAAGCCUAAGAAUGAUGAACUUCGUUUGAUUCACGAUGUCUAUAACAAUCUUAUAGCCCGAAAUAAACUAACGGAAACUCCUGUUUUGAAUGAUACGGAAAUGUGGAUUCAUAAGACCGCCAUUUCGUUGACUGAGAUAUGUUUUCCGGAAUAUCAGAAUAUGUACGGCAAAAUAUUUGGCGGAUUUUUGAUGCGCAAAGCACUUGAACUCGCCUACACAUACUCUAAGUUGUUCUGCAAAGGUAGAGUAGUGCUGAGAUCGAUGGAUCGAAUCGAAUUUGCGAAACCUGUGGAAAUAGGGGAUAUUUUGCAUCUGGAUUCACUCAUCACUUACACAAAGGAUAACUACAUACAAGUCAAAGUGCUAGCAGCCGUGUCUGAUCAAAAGAAGUUUCCAGAACUUGCUGCCGCUAACAAUCCUAGUUUAGGAGAAGAAGCUCGCGUGCAAACAAACAUGUUCAACUUUACAAUGGAAAGUGUGGAAAAUCGCAAUAUUCACAAGGUGCUACCAAAGCAUUAUGUGCACGCUAAUAGUUAUUUGGAAGGCCGAAGACUUCUCAACAGCCAUCUGACCAGACAUAUUGACUAG